CUUUCACGGUUAUCCUUGCUCCUCACAGAAAGUCCGGCUUUACUUGUAUCCAUUUAGAGAGAAAAAAAUGAAGUUGUUUUCGUAAUUAAUGUUCAAAUAUUCCAUCUUUGGCGUUUGUGUUAAGCUGAACAUGUCAGAUUCCUUACUUCCUCUAGUAAUAAGCGGUGCUCUCUGGAGACAGGAAACCAUAGAGACAGCAAAAGAAGAGAGGUAAUACACACAACAACAAUGGAGAAUGAUGGUGAAUUGACGGAGGACGAUGUAUUUAAAUACCUGUCCAACCUGGGACAGUCAGCUACAGGACUCCAGCACACUUACCUAUGCCUCUCUGUGCCAGGGCGAGACUUGAAAAAUGUCUCCAUUUUAUGCAAUUACAUCUAUCUACAAAAGCUAGAGCUUCCCUACAAUAAAAUCAAAGAUCUAUCCUGCGUGAGUCACAUGCCACACCUCAUCAUACUGGAUGCUUCCCACAACCAUCUCACCGAUUUUUUUGGAUUCCAGCCGCCAAAAAAUCUCAAGGAGGUGAAUUUUUCACACAACCAGAUUGCAGUAAUGAAGGAUCUUUCUGCAUAUUCUUCUUUGUCCAAACUGAUUCUUGACUAUAAUUUAUUUAAUGCCAUCAGGGGACUGGAAAAGUGCAAAAGGCUCUCACACCUCAGCCUGGCCCAUAACAACAUCUCCCGCAUUAGGGGUCUGGACCAUCUGCCCCUCAGAGAGCUCUGCCUGAGGGGGAAUGUAAUACACAAGAUUGAGAAUCUCCAGACUCUACGCAACCUGCAAGUUCUGGAUUUGUCCUGUAACCGGAUUCAAAGCCUCUCGGGUCUCCAGAACCUCCAUCUCCUGGGAACCGUCAACCUUGAGAACAAUCUGAUCAGUGAGAUAAAGGAGGCUGCACAUUUGCAUGACCUGAUUUUAUUGAGAGAAAUGAAUCUCCUGAGAAACCCAGUGCAGAACCAAGAUGACUAUAGACUGGCUGUGAUCUUCCUCCUCCAGCACCUCAUACUUCUGGACCAACACACUGUAACUGCAGAGGAGAAGGUGUCUGCUGUGAACAAGUACGACCCUCCUAUGGAGGUGAUCGCAGCCAGAGAUCACAUGACCCACUUGAUGUACCAGCUCAUGCAACCGCAGGUUAUUUUUGACAGUACUCUUCCCAGUCUGGAUGCUCCGUACCCCAUGCUGGUCCUCACUGGCCCGCAGGCCUGUGGGAAGAGGGAACUUGCCCAUAAGCUGUGCCAGGAAUUCAGCGACUAUUUUGCUUACGGAGCCUGCCACACCACCAGAGGGCCCUAUUAUGGUGAAGAGGAUGGAUCAGACUAUCACUUUGUCACUGAGGAAGAAUUUCAGAACAUGAUUCAAAUGGGUCAGUUUGUCCAGACGAUGCAAUAUGGAGGACAUUGGUAUGGCCUAUCUCGGGAGUCUAUUGAGCGUGUGGCUCGUGAAGGUCUGGCCUGCUGUGUGCAUAUGGAACUAGAGGGAGUGUAUAGCUUGAAGAACUCAUGUUUUGAGCCCCGUUACAUCUUGCUGAUCCCCACUGUGGUUGAUAAUUACGUCUGCUUUUUGAAAGCAAGAGGAUUCUACAGCAACGCUCAGAUGGAAACAGCCGUAUCUCGCAUUGAUUUGUACACCAAGAUCAACAGAGACAAGCCUGGCUUCUUUGAUAACAUCAUCCCUUGUGAUGAUCGUGCUGAGGCCUACCGGAUGCUAAAACAGCUGGUAAAAGAGUACCUGGGUCUAGAGGAGCAGGGAGGAGGAGAUGACAGCAGCUCAGUCACACCUGACAACACCUCCACGAACGCAACUGUUGAGUUACUGGCAGCCAACACGACAGAGGCCAUUGACCUCAUGGACUCCUACAGCAGAAACUACAAGAACAAAAUCCAGGCCAAGAUGACCCCAGCAGAAAUGACUUCCAAUCACAGACGCCAGCAGCUAAUUCGGGAAGCUUUGAGCGGGAAGAGUCCUGGUGCUUACGCCGAGCUGUUUCAGAGGAGUGCACCACCAGCUCCAUCAUCAUUAGCCUCUCACUCCCUGCCUCCAGCAGGCCCCUCUUCCUCCUCAGUGCGUCCUGUUGGCCUCGGUGGUCCUGACCCCGAUGAGGACAGCAGUUCUGAGGAAUCUCGUGCCAGUUCUGGCCUGUCCAUGAGGAGCUCAGCAGGGGCGCUCUCAGCGGAGAGCCCGGCCCGGGGAUCCGACACUGGGUCAGGGCCCAACAUAGAGCCUUUGGAUAUGUCUAUGUUGGGGCAGGACCGAGACUCUCUUAGAGGUCACAUGGACUCUGGUCUGACCCCUGAUGCUCCUCGCUCAGUCUCUGAACGUGUCUCUCCAACACUCCCCUCCUCCCCGGGCCGGCCAGGUGCCAAUGUUAAACCAGUCCUGCCGCCCAUCCCAUCUGGAAGGAAGACCAAUGAUUCCGGCUCAAAGCAGUAACUGACAGGACAGAGAGCUAGAGAGGGUAUAGAUAGUGAGAUAUUAGCACAUCGUGUGAGUGUUAGCAACAAAAAUAUGUUUUUGAAAUAAGUUUAAUUAACCCCUGAAGCCUCGAGCCAGCCAUUCAAUAAAUGUCAAUGAAAGGAA